UUAUUUAUGCUUAAAAGCGACUUAUUCCAAGCUCCAGUCAUGUCGAGCGCUGUGUUGACAUUGCUGGCCCUCGUGGUGACUGCGAAUGCGGAGUGUCAACCCGGAGAUGCCAUUUGCAAAGACCAAGAGCUUCCCAGCAACUCCCUGUUGCAGAGGGACAAAAGGGCACUCGGAAAGGAACUCUCAGAGGACAGCCGCGCUGGAGUGGGCGCCGAAACCGUGCAGGAAGCACGAGUGCGGAUUGCGAAGGAGUUGAAUAGCAAUAACUUCACCAUCAGCUUGGGAGGAUGUGAUCCUAUCAGAGGCGCUGGUGACAAGUCUUGCUGCUUCUCUAGAGGUAUCACGUGCACGAAUCCUCCCAAUCCCUUCAAGGCUGCUGAGACCGGCUGCCCUCUAGGCGCACUAUGCACCGCACCGCUGAAUGUGAAUCCUUUUGGCGCGCCAUCCUAUGGCUACUGCCAGUGUCAGGGAGGAUCUCCUUGCGAAGGUGGUCAAAGCUGUGGGAUGCCAUCCUUCCCCUUCGGGCAGUCGGAGGAAAAGCCGGAGGAGGCAGCCCACGAAAAGAUGGUUGCGGUCGAAAGCUCUGCGAAG